GGCGGCGGCGGCGGCAGCGCGGACUUGCCCCCGGACGGCAAGGGCAACAUGGAAGUGAAAGAUGGAAACGCAGCCCUUCUCAGCAAUUAUGAGGUCUACAAGUUGCUGACUGACCUGAAGCAACAGCGCCGAGAGACUGGGAAGAACAAGCAGAGUGCUGGCCAGCAGAAUCUGAACACAAUCAUGUAUGAAACACUGAAAUACAUAUCUAAGACACCAUGUAAGUUCCAGAGUCCUGAGAUUGUAAGAGAUUUCCUCGUAGCACUGAAAAAUCACAAGUUAACAAAGUAA